AUGGAAUCUGUCGAGCUCCACACAGUUGUGGCAGGCGCCCGUACCAGAGUCAAGUUCGCAACCGUGGCCGUCAACGGAAACAACGUGAACUUCAAAGUGGACACUGGAGUGGAGGUGACCGUGGUGUCGAGUUCAUUCCCUGGAGUACCGAAAAAGCUUCGUGCACCAGAAGGGAAACCCCCGAAAUUCGAAGUCGUUUAUCCGAAUGUCCUGGAAACAAGAGACCUUACGAGUGACAAAGUGCUGCAAGUUAAAGAUGGACUUGUCCUACAGUUAAAAAAGAGUUCCAUACUCUCAGAAAACUUUGUUCUAACGGACCUCAGUGGCAAGAUCCCAGUCGAGACUCGAAUGAAUGGAAAAGUCCUCGAACGAAACCUGUAUCAUGACAAACACAAAUUGGCGGUGGUUGAGGUGAAAGAGAAAAAUGGAAAUGUGGAAGUGAGAGGCAUCUUGAGCGACACGCUGAGGAUAGUCCCUCUUCAUCUCUUGGUUCUAGCCCAAGAAGGGCCUAUGGCGCACAAGAUAUUUGAGGUUGAAGCCUCAGCUCACGAUGGAAAUGACCACAUUGAAUCUAAUGAAAAUAAGCUUCAAGAACGAGCCGACACAAUUCGAUUUAGUCCCCAUAAAGAAAGAAAAGUUCCAGAGACUUUCUUUGUUGAAACACUGGUGGUAGCCGACCAGUAUCUUUAUAGAAAGUUCCAUAACGACACUGAACUGAUAAUAUAUCUCGCCACUACUAUGGCAGCGGUGAACAUCAGAUUUGCCAACGCCAGUGACCCAAAAGUAGGCCUCCUAAUCGUAAAAAUAGUGAAGGAUCCGGGAACAAGCUUUCAUCGACUUUUUAUAGGUUCGGCUCCAGGUGACCAAAAAAAGUCACUCAAAAUCUUCGCCAAUGCUCCAAAAACAUUAUCCCAGUUCGCUACCAAAUACCAGAGCUCCAUCUGCGACGUGGCGUUGCUAGUUACAGGGCUGGAGCUAGCCGAAACGAAAGGUUCAUCUGUUUCUCGCCUUCUGAAAGGCUUGGCAUACAUCGACGGACUUUGCCAACCAAUGCUUCAUUUCGGUGAAGUGGGAGAUAUCCCUCAUACAUACUCAAUGCUUUCUGCUGCUGCUCAUGAAAUUGGACACAUUCUCGGAAUGACUCAUGAUGGAGAGAUUCCUUCCUACCCUGUUCCCAAUGUAACAUGGCUUCGAUGUGAUGCAACUUUGGGAUACCUUAUGGCUCCUGUGUUAGGAGGCCGAAAUGAAGGAUUCUUUUCCAACUGCUCUUUGCAACAUAUGAGAAUCUUGGUAAGUCAACAGACGGAUGACUGCUACAAGGUACAAUCAAAGACAGCCACGGAAGCACCAAGUCGUCUUCCGGGCGUGGGACUUAGCAUGGCAGAUUUAUGCAAGAUACUGCACCCUGGUGUCGGAGGAAUGGACGGCAUGCUAAUAACCUCGACGUCUAAACAUAUUCACAGGAAAUGA